GCGAAACAUGAGAGGCUGUGUGAGAAGCUGCAGCCGCCGGCAGAGGAGACCUCAGCAUCAUCUAGAGCCCAGCGCUGGCCCUGCCUCCGCCUGCCCCGCCGCCGCCGCCGCCGCCGUUUCUGUUCCUGCUACUGUCUCACCUAAACAACUCCCGUUACAUGGACAAGUGAAGCUCUGUGGCCGUCUUCUCCUCCUCUUCUUCCUCCUCCUCUUCCAACUCCUUCUCCUCCUCCCACUUGCCAGCCGCAGCAGAAAGCCCCUAACCCACUUGACACUGGCACAACUGCAGACGGUGUCAUCCACACAACUUUAUCUCGCUCCUCCGGCUCCCCUAAGGCGUUGGACCCAUCGCCUCGUCUUUUAUUUUUUGCAAAGUUGCAUCGCUCUACAUAUUUUCGCCCCCGCCACCUCCCUCUGCCUCUCGAGCGUCCUGCCGCCCCGCAGCCUGCUCCUGGAGCUGCGCCCUAGUGCCCCUGCUGGGCAGUGGCGUUCCCCCCCCAUCCUCCCGCGCCCAGCCCCUGCCGCUCGGGGCAGACGAUGCUGAAGAUGCUCUCCUUUAAGCUGCUGCUGCUGGCUGUGGCUCUGGGCUUCUUUGAAGGAGAUGCUAAGUUUGGGGAAAGAAGCGAGGGGAGCGGAGCGAGGAGGAGAAGGUGCCUGAAUGGGAACCCCCCGAAGCGCCUGAAAAGGAGAGAUAGGCGGAUGAUGUCCCAGCUCGAGCUGCUGAGUGGGGGAGAGAUGCUGUGCGCUGGCUUCUACCCUCGGCUGUCCUGCUGCUUGCGGAGUGACAGCCCGGGGCUAGGGCGCCUGGAUAACAAGAUAUUUUCUGUCACCAACAACACAGAAUGCGGGAAGUUACUGGAAGAAAUCAAGUGUGCGCUGUGCUCUCCACACUCGCAGAGCCUGUUCCACUCACCUGAGAGAGAAGCCUUGGAAAGAGAUCUAGAACUUCCCUUGCUCUGCAAAGACUAUUGCAAAGAAUUCUUUUAUACUUGCCGUGGCCACAUUCCAGGGUUCCUUCAAACUGCUGCUGAUGAGUUUUGCUUUUACUAUGCAAGGAAAGAUGGUGGGUUGUGCUUUCCGGAUUUUCCAAGAAAACAGAUCAGAGGACCAGCAUCUAACUACUUGGACCAGAUGGAAGAAUAUGACAAAGUGGAAGAGAUCAGCAGAAAGCACAAACACAACUGCUUCUGUAUUCAGGAGGUUGUGAGUGGGCUGCGCCAGCCUGUCAGCGCCCUGCAUAGUGGGGAUGGCUCGCACCGUCUCUUCAUUCUGGAAAAAGAAGGUUACGUGAAGAUACUUACCCCUGAAGGAGAAAUUUUCAAGGAGCCUUAUUUGGACAUUCACAAACUUGUUCAAAGUGGAAUAAAGGGAGGAGAUGAAAGAGGACUGCUAAGCCUUGCAUUCCAUCCCAAUUACAAGAAAAAUGGAAAGCUCUAUGUGUCUUAUACCACCAACCAAGAGCGGUGGGCUAUCGGGCCUCAUGACCACAUUCUUCGAGUUGUGGAAUACACAGUAUCCAGAAAAAAUCCCCAUCAAGUGGAUCCGAGAACAGCCAGAGUCUUUCUUGAAGUUGCAGAGCUCCACAGAAAGCAUCUGGGGGGACAACUGCUCUUUGGCCCUGAUGGUUUUUUGUACAUCAUUCUCGGUGAUGGGAUGAUCACACUGGAUGAUAUGGAAGAAAUGGAUGGGCUAAGUGAUUUCACAGGUUCGGUGCUCCGGCUGGAUGUGGACACAGAUAUGUGCAGUGUGCCUUAUUCCAUACCGAGGAGCAACCCGCACUUCAACAGCACCAACCAGCCCCCUGAAGUGUUUGCCCAUGGCCUCCACGAUCCAGGCAGAUGUGCUGUGGAUCGACACCCCACUGAUAUAAACAUCAAUUUAACAAUACUUUGUUCAGACUCCAAUGGAAAGAACAGAUCAUCAGCCAGAAUCCUACAAAUAAUAAAGGGGAAGGAUUAUGAAAGUGAGCCAUCACUUUUAGAAUUCAAGCCAUUCAGUAAUGGUCCUUUGGUUGGCGGAUUUGUUUACCGAGGCUGCCAGUCUGAAAGACUGUAUGGAAGCUACGUAUUUGGCGACCGUAAUGGGAAUUUCUUAACUCUCCAGCAAAGUCCUGUGAGCAAGCAAUGGCAAGAAAAACCACUCUGUCUUGGCAAUAGUGGUUCCUGUAGAGGUUACUUUUCAGGUCACAUAUUGGGAUUUGGAGAAGACGAAUUAGGUGAAGUUUACAUUCUAUCAAGUAGUAAAAGUAUGACCCAGGCUCACAAUGGAAAACUCUACAAAAUUGUAGAUCCCAAAAGACCUCUAAUGCCCGAGGAAUGCAGAGCCACGGUACAACCUGCCCAGACCCUGACUUCGGAGUGCUCCCGGCUCUGUCGGAAUGGCUACUGUACCCCCACGGGAAGGUGCUGCUGCAGCCCAGGAUGGGAAGGGGACUUCUGCAGAAUCGCAAAAUGUGAGCCAGCGUGUCGUCACGGAGGUGUCUGUGUUAGACCGAACAAGUGCCUCUGUAAAAAAGGAUAUCUUGGUCCUCAAUGUGAACAAGUGGACAGAAACAUCCGCAGAGUGACCAGGGCAGACAUCACCUAGAUGAAACACCUUUACCCUGUCCUGUAAAAUACUAAAGUUACAUUUUUCACCAACUUAAUUGGAAAGAAUGGGAGUGAGAAACAGUCUUUAAUGUGCUGUGGAUCUAAUCUAGCAAUGUAUCCUUGUGCCAACAUGUAAUCAUUAACGACGGAUGAAAAAGCAAGAAAACAGCCAAUCCUUAUAAAAUUCCAGCAUUAAACAUUUGUAAAGUGCUUUUCACCAUAGCAAGAUGGUCAGAGUAUAUGUAAUUAGAAUGUUGCAGAUUUCACAUUGAAUCGAACCUCACUGGAGAAGAGCUCACUGGUUUUAACAAAUCUUGGUUAUGUAAGCUGUCACUUGUACAAAUUUUUAAUAUAAUAAUUCUUGCCAAAUAUGACUUUUAAUGUAUAUGUUCUUUCAGAACUCAAUGAAAAUCCUCUUUGGUUAAUGUAUGAAUAAAUUUUCUGUAAAUGUUCUGUUCAAGUUUUUAAAGAAAUGCCAUGUUCUAACUUAAAACUGCAAAAAGUCUGGUAGACAUUUGUCUUAAUGGUUUUCGAGGCCAGCUCUCCAUGUUUGGGUUAUAACAAAAUUAUAAGGGCUCUUUGCACUACUGAAAAAACAUCUACUCAUGACAUGCACACACCCACUAUAGGUUGCCCUUCUGUAAACAUCUGUUCCUCCAGAAUCUAAAUUGGAGAGUAGUAUAGAUUGUACAGCACAGGCUGACUUUCUAAACCUGCUCCUUACCUUUAGGAGUAUGAGCCCCAAUUAAAAAAAAAAUAAAAUCUUGUAACUGGCAUUUCUCUAUUGUUUUAAAGUGAGAGAUUUGCAAUUAAAGCACAGUGAGCAUUUAUAUAGAAACCACAAUGUAGAAAGGUUGGUUAAGUACACUGCUCUUGUCUUCCAUAUAUGAUUACUUAAGUUUCAAGUGACCUCAUGCCAAAUGGAAAUGGGUUGAGAAAUCUUGGUUCAGUGCUUAGUGAACAAUAGCCUGCAUUAAAAAGUGCAUGCAUAAUUUUGCACAAUUUAGAUUCAAUUGACAGUCUAUUCAAAGAAGUCUCAGGAUUAAAUGAGCAUGGAGACCAAAUUGCCCUCUUACCCCAGAAAAGGGGUGGUCCCUUCUAGUCACACUAGCACUUCAUUGGCCCAACAGUGUGACAAAUCUUGCAGUGAACCCUGCAGUAGCCUGCAUCUGUAGGUUAAUAGCAGUCUUUUGUCUCCAUUGCUUUCUCUUCAUAGCCCUUUUACAGAAUUCCAUCACAGAAAGUUUUACAAUUAAAAAAAAAAUGUCCUGACAACCAUUUUUGUAAAUGGACCUUACCAUCUAAUCGUCCCUUAUUCAACGUGGGUGACAUUAACAAAAUGUGAACUUCUUGUGAGGGAGCCAGCUGUCUAAAUCUGUCAAAUUGUGCAGUUUUAUUACACAUUCUCCCGUUCAUAGUUUCACUGAAAACAAUAAGGAUACUGCUAUAUAUUCAGCAAAAUCUGAAAAAUCCAGUGUUUCUCUUACAUCCUUAAUCUUUCCAUUUCUUCCAAAAGAAAAGGUGUUAUAUUGCCAUGAGUUCUCCUAUUUAAAAAUAUCUAUAUUAAAUUGACCAAACCCAGAUUGUUUUAUACAGUCCUUUCCCAAGUGAAAGAGUUUCAAAUGACUUAGAAAAACAUAUGUACCCCAGGUGUCAUUGCUUGUUCUAUUGUGAGUCAUUAGAAUAAAAGACUAACAUCUUCUAAAAAGAAGAUAGCAAGAUCCAUGGAUAUUAAACCCAAGCAAAAAAAGUAAAGUCACUGGAGUCAUUUCUUUAUGUUCUUAGGAAAGCGGAAAAUAGCAAUGGCUAAUUGAUGGCUACAUAUUUUAAACGCAGUGUCAUUUCAAAAAAUCAUUUGAUCUUUUCUUUCAAGUAGAUUUUUUAAAUAUGUGACUGGAGAAUUAUCUUAAAUAAUUCAUGAUGAGAGGCAGGUAGUUAAAAAGUUUGAGCUAGGGAAAAGUUAUUGAUUCAUCACAGGAAUGGCAUCAUCUACUUGGUUCAUAAAGCACACAAUCAAAAUAGACGAAAAAUGUCCUUGGUAUGAAUGCAGAUGUGUGAGAUAAAGAUAAAAUAAAGAAAUAGAAAGAUGUAUAUUAUUCCUUUGUCCAUUCUAUAGGUUAAGCUUUGGGUGUCAAUUUAAUGUGAAAUGCUGUUAUGGUAGUUAUAAAGAGUUGGAAAAAAACUUUCUACCACUGCUUCUGCUAAACCCUUGUCCUGGUUAACAGAACUUUGUUUUCUUGCCGGUUACUUAAGGUAAUGCGAAGAAAACUGAAUUGGCACAUCAUUAAAGUGAAAAGAAGGGAAGAUAUAAGAAACUUGAGUGAUGAUAAAAAGUGCUUCCAUCCAUACCUUUUCUUCUUAGAAUUUUGUUUCAGUGUGGCUAUUGUGAAAUAUAUCUUUUAUUUUAUCACAAAGAAUACUCAGAAGUUUUCUCAGAUUAAUGGACCAUCUCACAAAGAGCAAAGAAACUUACACAUACAACAUAUUCAUACAACCUAAAUAGAAAACCAUUCUCCUUUUUAUUUACAUACUUCAGAGCAGGGACUUCUCUAUUUCUUUCUUUGAAAAUAAUUACAUAAUAAUAUACUAACAAUUUUUAAUGUAUUUCUAUUAGAUAUUGUUUUUAUCUCUGAAUCAUAAACUAUACAAUAAGGUUAGUGGGUAUAAGACAUGAAGUUGGAUGCUACAUUGGGAUCUU